AUGGCUAAUUGGAAGGCCAGUUUGCAAAAAUCUCCUAAACCAGCGAUGCCCGCGUAUUCCUUGUCCAAAUUUUGCUUCAGUAGACGCUCCUCCGCUGUUUUGACUGAAGGGCUACCUCGUGCAAGGUCAUAUGGCCCAGCUGUAGCACCCAUUCAGUGCCUAAUUGCCAUGCCAUCAGAAGGAAGCACGAGGGCUGGGAUACUGCCAGGUUGCCCAAGUCUAGACAGGGGAAGUCGAGAGGCGGAGGCAGAGUUCGAACCACGGACCUUCCGGUCAGUAAAUUCGCGCUCUAACAACUUGACUAACAACUUGGCUUUCGGCCAAGGUAAUAUGUUUUUCUGCGCAUGCAAACUUCUAUGCGCACCCAAUUAG